CUUUGAACAUCGAGGGUUUGCGUAGCAUGCUGCUAACUCUGUUGUCCUCUAAACGGGUGUUUUGARUUUUAUAAUGCUGUAGUUCUUUUACAGAUGUAGAAAGUUAACAUGUAAUGAGCCAGAUAAAACUACAAAAAACAUGUUAAAGGUCGCCUCAUUGUCCGUGCGACGCGGGAGUAAAAUACCUAUUUUCAGGCUGUCGAUCCUUUCAGUCGCGAGGACAGGAGCGCUCAGCCUGACGGGGAGCCCGAACUCAUCACAACACCGGUACUCAGCUGGAGCUCUCUCACCCGGUCCACCGUGGCUCUCCGUGGGCCAUGCCGUCAGAUUUGUGUCCCUGCCAGUCUCCUAUAGUAAAGAAUUCGAGGACUCUUACUCCUCGGACGGACCUGACUGGGAAAACUUCGGCACCUUGUCCAACGAGAUGGCCUCCAGGCGGUGGUUCAAGAAAAGCAGCCCAUAUACGCGAGACCUGCAACACGAAGAAGAUGCUGCUGCUGAGCAGGAAGUUUCAGAGCUGGAGCUGGAGGUGGUGGAUAAAACUCUCAGGACAAGAAGAAGUAGAAAUACUCCUUACUGGUAUUUCUUACAAUGCAAGAAGCUGAUAAAAGAGAAAAAGCUGCAGGAGGCUCUGGAUAUGUUCAGCAACGACAUGCUGAAGGGGGAGAGGCUGCAGCCCAAGGAGUUCAAUUACUCUGUUCUGAUUGGAGGCUGCGGGCGAGCAGGAGAACUCAAAAAGGCCUUCAAACUCUACAAUGAUCUGAAAAAACGAGGUAUGUAUGCUUCAGAUGCGACCUACACAGCUUUGUUCAACGCCUGCGCAGAGGCUCCCUCGAAGCAAGCCGGAUGUCAGCAGGCAAUGAAACUGAAAGAGGAGCUCCGUCUGAAAAACUUCCCCCUGAGCACCAUCAUGUACCACGCUCUCCUCAAGAGUCACGCCAUCACCAACAACCUCCAGGCCUGCGUUCACACUCUGAGGGAGAUGCUUCAGAAAGGCCACGCUGUAACUCAGGAGACGUUUCACUACCUGCUGAUGGGCUGUGUGUCGGACAAAGGAAUAGGGUUCAGGCUGGCUUUACAGAUGUGGCGCCAGAUGCUUCACUCAGGGAUUACUCCUGAUUUGCAGAAUUAUAACCUGCUCUUAAGAGCUGCCAGGGACUGUGGGAUUGGCGAUCCUGCAACAGCCACAAAUAUUCUGCUGAGGCCCGACCAUAACAAGCGAACGAAAACAAAAGGUGGCAGAGGUGUAAUAAACGUCGACCUUCUGGAGAGUCAGCUGUUUCUCCAGCAGGAUCCAAACGGGGGCAGCCAGGGGAAAGAAUCCACCCAUCUGGUACCAGUCAGACAAACGGAAAACGUCCCGCUUCCAGUUGACCCAGAAUCCGAGGCUACGGCACCAAGCCUGCUGGAUCUUUUUGAAGGGAAACCAUGCUCCGUGGUCUCGCUCGGCACUGUGGAUGCUGUGUCCGACAGGCUCGCCCUCAUCGGCGGGGUCGGAGGUUUUCUGGAGAAGUUGGAAGAGAAAAAACUCGGGCCGGAUCUCCGAACUCUGACUCUUCUGGCCGACACGAUGGAGCCGAGCCACCAGGCUCUGCAGCUGCUGUUAAAGUCUGCCAAACAGCAUCGGGUGAAGCUCGACUGCGCGUUUUUCAACACCGUGAUUCGCAACAUGGCCAGAAGAAGUAGCUUGGAGGACGCAAAGGCUGUGCUUGCUGUGAUGCGAGAGCGUAACGUGAGUGUGAACACGCAAACGUUCGGAAGUCUGGCUUUAGCCUGUUUUAAACAGGAGGAAGGCCUUCAGCUGCUGAAAGACAUGCAGGAAGUGGGACUGAAACCCAACAUUUUUGUGUUCUCUGCUCUGAUUGGCCGAGCAACUAAAAGACUGGAUUAUGUCUAUCUCAAAACGCUUCUGAAAAAAAUGCAAGACUUGAGCGUGUGGCCCAAUGAGGUCAUAAUCAAGAAUCUGGAGUUUGCUGCACAGUAUCCUCCCAACUACGACAAGUUCAAGUCCAGAGACAGGUACCUGCUCCACAUAGAUGCUUUUCGUGGUUACUACCAGGAGUGGCUGACAUACAUGCCUUCCAUGAUGGCCAAGGAGGAGAAGUUGGAGUCGAAGACUGCAGUGCUGACCCCAGUCGUUGCAGAUGGACUGACAGAAGCCGAGAGGAAACAGAGAGCAGCAGCCAGGAGGUUCAAGUCUCGCCACGGAGGCAAGAAGUGCCUAAACGCACCAGCUUUGUAAGAACCACAAAAAUAAAGUGGCUUAUGUGCUUUUAUUUUCUUAAAUUCUAAUAAACUUGAUCCAUUUAACUCUU